AUGAGUGAACCUAUUAUUAUUAUAGACCCUAAUGAGGAAUUGCAAAUUGUUCUUCGUAUAAUCUACUAUAAUGUGCCUGGCUUUUAUUAUAAUCCUAGAAAAAUACAAAAAAUAUCGUUGUUGAUAGUUGAUGGUGUUGGUGAGUUUAAAGGAACAUUUGUGAAAGGAAUGAAGCGAUAUAAUGUUCCUAUAAGAGUUGUCAAUCUUUAUAGCUUUGAGAGCUUAGUAUUAGUUAAAAAAUUCAAACAAGAUUUGGUGAGACUUAUAUUCAAAAUUCAAUAUGCCAUAGAGGGAAAACUCAAAGAAGGUGAAUGCUCAAAAUUAUGA